AAUUGAAUCUGCUACAAUGAAGACCAUCGCAUUCCUAUUGUUCUCCGCUUUGUUGGGCGUCUGCUUCUCGGAAGAUUAUUGUCGUUGCACCAGAGAGUACGUACCGGUGUGCGCUUCCAACGGCGUCACCUAUGCCAACAAGUGUCUCUUCGAAUGCGCCCAACGUUCCGACGCUGAUCUAAGGAUCGUCUACGAUGGUGUUUGCAAGGUGGGAAGUCGUGGUCUUUCAAUCCUUCCCUGCAACUGUCCAACUGUCUUCAUUCCGGUCUGUACGGAUCGUGGAACAUACGCUAACAACUGCGAAUUGGACUGCUACAAUGCGAGGAAUCCUCUGAACAAAGCAACAAUCCUUUACCAGGGACAAUGCUGAAAGAGUGUGUAAAAUGAAAUUACGCAAUUGUUUCUUUCUCGCAUCAUCAGGACGUCUUUGAAAUAAACAAUUGAAAACCGAUAA